CCGGCCGCCAAACGCGCCGAGCCCGCGCGACACCUCCGGCGAGGAAGGACCGCUUCGCUUUACGGCAGCGCCCGCCGGCGGGAGGAGGAAGGAGCGCGGCCUUCCACGUGGAGCGGCGGCUGAGCGCGGCCCGGCGGCGCCAUGAAGCGGCCCAAGCUGAAGAAGGCCAGCAAGAGGCUGACCUGCCACAAGCGCUACAAGAUCCAGAAGAAGAUCAGAGAACACCACCGAAAAGUAAGGAAAGAAGCCAAAAAACGUGGACGCAAAAAGCCCAAGAAAGAUCCCGGUGUUCCCAGUGCCGCACCAUUUAAGGAAGAGCUUCUACGGGAAGCGGAGCAAAGAAAGCAGAGGCUUGAAGAACUAAAACAAAAGCAGAAGCUCAAUAGACAGAAAGAACAUGAAAAGAAGAGGAAGCUUGAAGCAAAAAAGAAUGCAGCCAAAAUCAAAGAAAAAGCAGAAGGAAAGGAAUCCUCUGGCAAAUCUAAAGCAAAGACUAACAAACUGCUGGAUAAAAAUUCAAAGAAAUCAUUUUGCAGGGAGCUCAAGAAGGUGAUUGAGGCCUCAGAUGUGGUUCUAGAGGUUUUGGAUGCAAGAGAUCCAAUGGGCUGCCGGUGUCCUCAACUGGAGCAAGCUGUAAUUUGCUCUGGAGGAGACAAAAAGCUACUGUUGGUUCUGAACAAAAUUGAUUUAGUGCCAAAGGAAAACUUGGAGAAAUGGUUGAAUUAUUUGAAGAAGGAGUUUCCAACGAUUGCUUUUAAAUCGGCAACACUGAUGAAGGACAGGACUAUGCAGGAACAGUUCACAAAAAGACGUGCACGUGUUGAUUUAUCAAGAACCACUGAAUGCUUUGGAAGCAAAUGCCUUUUGAAACUUCUUCAAGACCACGUCAGGACUCAAAACAAAGCCAUUCAGGUUGGGGUAGUAGGUUUCCCUAAUGUGGGAAAGAGCAGCAUAAUCAACAGUCUUAAAGGAGUUCGUGCUUGCAAUGUUGGCCUAACAAGAGGUGUUACCAAGUCCAUGCAAAUUGUACACAUUGAUAAACAGACAAAGAUCUUAGACAGUCCAAGUAUAAUUGCAGAUCCUUCCAACAACACCCUGGCUCUGGCCUUGAGAACUAUCCUAAAUACUGAAGAAACAGCCUCAGCAGGUGUGCUUGAAGGAGUAGAUGCCAUUCUAAAUCAUUGUAGUAAACAGCAGGUAAUGAUGCACUAUAGUAUCCCAGAUUUCAGGAACACCGAGGAGUUUUUGACUUUACUUGCUCAGAAAAGGGGUAUGCUGAAAAAGGGAGGUGUUCCUGACAUAGAGAAUAUAGCUAAAGUGCUACUUUGUGACUGGACAGGAGCUAAAAUAAGCUACCACUCACAACCUCCAGAAUCUCAUAGAUGGCCACCAUAUCUUACAGAAGACAUAACAGCUAAAAUGCAGGAGUGCUUUAAUUUAAAAAACCUAGAAGAAGAAAACAAGAAUGCUGUUCAAGCUUUAAAAUGCCCCAGUCCAGCAAGCAGCAUCACUUUCCAGUCAGCUGGUAUGACAAAUGGGACAAUACAGGAAAACAAAGUAAUAGAGGAAGUAUCAGAGUGGGAAAACUUGGAAACAAGUAUGGAGGGGGAGGAAGACGAAGAAGAGGAUUUCACAGAAAGUGAUGAUGAUCAAGAUGAUGUGGAAGAAAAAAAGGAUAUCAGAGAGGAAAGUAAAGUUCAGGUCACCAGGAAAGCAAAGUUUGGAAAACGACAAACAAGUCCUACAAAUUCAGAAAAGCAGAUAGCAGAAAGUGAACAUUCCAAUUCAGUAUCACUCAGCUUGGAUAAGACAGCAGAUGAAGACGAUGCCUACGAUUUUAAUACAGACUAUGUGUAAUGAAUUAUGUGUGAAGACUGUGUUUGGAGACUCUUAUUAUUGCCUUUCAGAACAUUCAUGAAGACUUGUUUUCUGGUAAAAGUUGGAGGAAUGCUGCAUACCAGAGCUGCUGCAAAGAUUCACAAUUAUUACUGUGUCAAAUAGUGUAUAUAAUACUGCAUCUCUCUUGAUUGUUUCAGAUUUUAUACAAGUCUAGGAAACUGACUGUAUUCAGCUUUAAGUCCUAAACUUUAAUUCCUGUAUUAAAAAAAAAAAAAUUUAAGAAGUUCUUAAUUGAGUCUGUUCACUUUGCCUUAUAAAAAGAUGUUGCAAAAGGAUAAA